AGUUCAGUAAGGUAGAGCUUCGGCCGAGGACGAGGGGAAGAUGUCACGCAAGAUAGAAGGCUUUUUGUUAUUACUUCUCUUUGGCUAUGAAGCCACAUUGGGAUUAUCGUCUACCGAGGAUGAAGGCGAGGACCCCUGGUACCAAAAAGCAUGCAAGUGCGAUUGCCAAGGAGGACCCAAUGCUCUGUGGUCUGCAGGUGCCACCUCCUUGGACUGUAUACCAGAAUGCCCAUAUCACAAGCCUCUGGGUUUCGAGUCAGGGGAGGUCACACCGGACCAGAUCACCUGCUCUAACCCGGAGCAGUAUGUGGGCUGGUAUUCCUCGUGGACUGCAAACAAGGCCCGGCUCAACAGUCAAGGCUUUGGGUGCGCCUGGCUCUCCAAGUUCCAGGACAGUAGCCAGUGGUUACAGAUAGAUCUGAAGGAGAUCAAAGUGAUUUCAGGGAUCCUCACCCAGGGGCGCUGUGACAUCGAUGAGUGGAUGACCAAGUACAGCGUGCAGUACAGGACCGAUGAGCGCCUGAACUGGAUUUACUACAAGGACCAGACUGGAAACAACCGGGUCUUCUAUGGCAACUCGGACCGCACCUCCACGGUUCAGAACCUGCUGCGGCCCCCCAUCAUCUCCCGCUUCAUCCGCCUCAUCCCGCUGGGCUGGCACGUCCGCAUUGCCAUCCGGAUGGAGCUGCUGGAGUGCGUCAGCAAGUGUGCCUGAUGCCUGCCUCAGCUCGGCGCCUGCCAGGGGGUGACUGGCACAGAGCGGGCCGUAGGGGACCCCCUCACACACCGCCGAGAUGGACAGGGCUAUAUUUCGCAAAGCAAUUGUAACUGCAGUGCUGGGUAGAUAAUUUUUUUUUUUUUUAAGAUAUAGCUUUCUGAUUUCAAUGAAAUAAAAAUGAACUUAUUCCCCACUCAGGGCCAGAGAAAGUCAGAACAAAGAAAAUGUCCCCGAAACGAAUUUUCUUACAAAAGCCUAAGUAGCAGGGGUAAUUUUCUGCUCAUUUUUUGUCUCAGUGAUAUUGUGAAAGGUGCAGUCUCAGGGGAACACAAAGCAGCCCUGAUAAUUUGAAAAUUCAUUUGCUUUACCACAUUCAAGACAGAAACAUACAGUUUCCUAAAGCCUGGCUUUGAAUGCAGAAGGGAGCAGCUCCUCCUAGUUAAGUUUCCACUAAAUCAUCGCCAAAGAGGACUUCAGAGCCCUGGGGAGGCAGCUGAGGGUCUCAAGGGUGACUGGGUGGCAGGGAUGAGUGCGGUGGGUGAGAAUCCCGGUGCCCUGAGAGGCUAUACGUGACAAAUGACCAAAAGCCCAAGGUAGGGGAGUUUCCUUUGCUCGCAGUUCUUAUCUUCAAGGCAGAUCUGGGCUUCCACCCUCAUGAACACAGGGAUUGGGGAGGGACCAGAGCGCCCAAUACACACAGCUCCAUUAUGCAAUCCAUUCCAGCAAAUUCCCCGUGUCUGUGGUCACCAUUUAGGUGAUCAUACAGGACAGGCUGCACAUCUAAGUAUAUGUAGGGACCCCAAAUGACCACAACACAGUACAAUUGCCCUUUACCUAGGGCUACCAUUUCCUAGCAAACCAAACAUAGUUCGAGAACAGCUGGCCCAGGAGCUACCACUGGCUACUCAGAGGAGGCUCAUUAGCUGGCUACAUGCUUCGCAGGAAGUGGGAAGGACUCACAUGAUAAAAAGGACCAUGUAGCUUUUUCCCUGAAAGCUUCUCACCCUCCACCCUCUGCCUUGCAAUACGCAAACUGCGCCUGCUCCUGAAAAGCUCUCUGGGAAGAAAUGGGCCUGGCUUUCCGUUCCUGGAGGCGGCGCCUUAGAUUGGGAGGCCUCAUUGGCCACUUAGAGCCCAGCCUGAGUUUCCAGGCCCCUUCCUGGGAGAGGCUGUUAACACGGGGGAGGGUCAGGAGAGGGGCAGGAGAGGGAUAUGGAGAGCAGGUGGUGGAAUCAGAGGACGAGGCUGCUCUAAAGACUGUCCUGGCCCCAGACACAGGGUAGUCUUUGCUAGCAGCUCAUUUCCGAGUUACUUUUCAUUUUCAAAUGCCAAGGCAAGUGACUAGACUCGCGCUAAUACAGUCCUGGACAACACAUUCACCUUUUCUGUGAACAGGCAGCCUUCUAAAAGCCCCAAACAUCCUUCUUGAUGCUUUGGGGGCUCAAUUAUUUUAUAUCCAACCCAGCAUCUUUCUAGUCCCUAUGCUGUGUGCUUGAACUUCGGAAAAUGCUUUUCCCUGCCCAAUCUUCUCUCAAAUAUAAACACAUCACACAGGGUGUUGGGGGUGGGGGGACUUAUCCCUGGCCUUAGGACACAGGACAAAUCUAUUUUGGAUAGAAAUGCCUGAACAGAGACCCUUAUUUGGAAAGGUGAAUUAACUUUGGUCACGACAUGGACUGUCAGACAAAAUGGCAGUAUCCUAAGAGUUAAGGCACAUCAAACACAGGAGUCGAGAGAGUGCAGUUCGGGGAAAAAGGAGAGGAGGAAACAGUGAGGCAGGGAGAAAGGCUUUCCAAAUAAGAGUUCAUGUUGGAAACUUUUGUCACGGCUUUAUUGAGAUUAAGUUCACAUACAAUUUGUAUCCAUUUAAAGUGUACAAUUUGAUGACUUUUGGUAUAUUCAGAGUUGUGCAACCAUUAUCACUAGAUCAAUUUUAGAAAGUUUAUCACCCCAAAGAGAAAUCCUGCACCCAUCAGCCAACACUCCCCAACCCAUCGACCACCCCAAGCCCUCUGCAACCACGAAUCGACUGUCUCUAUAGAUUGGCCUUCUGGACAUAUUACAUAAAUGAAAUCAUAUAGUAUGUGGUAUUUCGUGACUGGCUUCUUUCACUUAGCAUAGUCUUUUAAAGUUCAUCCACGUUAUAACAUGUGUAUCACUAUGUCACUUGUCACUCCUUUUUAUUGCUGAACAUCAUUGUUCAGUAUCAUGUCAAGAGCACAUUGUUAUUUAUCCAUUCAUCCAUUGAUGGAUAUUUGGGUUUCCACUCUUUAGCUAUUAUGAAUAAUGCUGCUAUGAACAUUUGUGUAUAAGUUUUUGUGCGGAUGUGUGUUUUCAUUUAUCCUGGGUAUAUACUUAGGAGUAAAACUGCUGGGACACACAGUCACUCUUGUUUAAUCUUUGGAAGAACUAUUAUCCCAAGUGGCUGCAUCAUUUUACAUUUCCACCAGCAAUGUAGGAGGCUUCCACUUUCUCCACAUCCUCAGCAACACUUGUUACUGUCCAUCUUUGACUAUACCCAUAAUGUGUGAAGUUGCAUCUCAACUGUGGUUUUGAUUUGCAUUUCCCUAGUGACUAAUGAUGUUGAGCAUCUUUUCAUGUGUUUACUGGCCAUUUGUACAUCUUUGGAUAAAGGUUUUUCAGAUCCUCUGCCCAUUUUAAAUCGGCUUACAACUUACUGAGUUUAAGAAUUCUUUGUAUAUUCUAAUUCCCUUAUUGGAUAUGAUUUGCAAAUAUUUUCUCCCAUUCUGUGGAUCUUUUUAACCCUCUCGAUAGAGUCCUCUUAAGCACAAAAUUUUAAAUAUUUGAUGAAGUCCAAUUUUCUUUGCUUGUGCCUUUGGUGUCAUAUCUGAGAAACCACUGCCAAAUCCAAGGUCAUGAAGAUUUACCCCUAUGUUUUCUUCUAUGAGUUUUAUAGUUCUACCUCUUAGUUAGAUCUUUGAUCCAUUUUGAGUUAAUUUUUGUAUAUGGUGUGAAAUAGGAGUCCAACGUCAUUCUUUUGCAUGUGGAUAUCCAGUUGUCCCACCACUAUUUGCUGAAAAGACUAUUCUUUCCCCCAUUGAAUGAUCUUGGCACCCUUGUCAAAAAACAAUUGACCAUAAAUGUGAGAGGGUUUAUUUCUGGACUCCAAAUUCUAUUACCUCACUUUCUUCAUUAUUGUAGCUUUGUAGUAAGUUUUGAAAUUGGGGCAUGUGAGUCCUCCAACUUUGCUCUUCAGGAUUGUUUUGGCUAUUCUGGGUUCCUUGAAUUUCCAUAUGAAUUAUAACUAACUUGUCCAUCAUUGCAAAGAAGCCAGCUGGGAUUUCACAUUGGAAACUGCUCAAUACUUCAGAAUUUAAUAAACAGUAAGAUAUACGAUUCAUAAGACAUUUAUCUGCAGAUAAUUUGCUUACAACAGCAUAUUAUUUACUUCAUUCAAUUCAUGACAGAAUGUAUAAAAACUAAAACUUUUAUUGAGGGAAAUCUGAAGCCUAAUAGAAUCUUGCUGUCAAACACACAAACUAUGCUUGCAAGUAUCAUUUCUUUUGUGGGGGAAACUUUCAAGUAAAAAUUAUACAUAGUGUAGGAAAAACUCACUCUUACCUUAUUUUAACAUAUUUACUUUUAUUUUUAGAAAUGCUAGAGCGCGGUCUACACCGGAGUUUGUUUAAAAAUUGCGGUAAAAUAUACACAACAUUUGCAGAUUUUUAAAUAAUUAAAUGAAAUGUUACGAACAAAGAAGUAGCAUUAAGUGUUGCCAAUAUUAAGAAAAAAAAAUCUGAGCUGAUUCGGGUACUCUGUGUGGGAGGAGGUUACUUGGACAAAGCAAAGGUAUUUCCAGAUAGAGGUGCUGCUAUGAAUCCAUUCUCAGAGCCCAGAAGAUUGCACCCCUAAAGUGACCCUUGGAAUGGAUGCUCACAGAACCCCAUCUUUCUGUCCACUUGGGGCUUGGUUGCUAAGGCCCACUGACAAACAGCUUACAAGGACUGUUGCUUCCCCUGUGGUCCCAAGAGUACUUCCAUGCUGGGUCAUUCUUAAGCCCAACCUUACAGGGCUGAUAUGAAGAUCAAAUAGGCUACGUGCAUCUAAAGAGCUGUGCAGACACCUACUGAGCUCUGUGUAACUGGCAUUAAAGAUUCAGUGACAUUCCUUCUCAAUUUCCUGAAACUGCCAAAUUGGGGCAGAAGUAAUAGCAAUGUUUUAUAAUAGCAAUAAUGUUAUAAGAGCUUAUAUUUCUUGAGACUCUCAAGUGCUCUGCAGGUUAUUAUCUCAUUAAAUCUUCACAACAA